UCCAAUAUAAUAGUACUGAAAUUUUUAAUUUUGGCUGAUUCUUUACAUGAGAAAUUCGGGUCCAGCCUGGACUUGAUCAUGAAUGCUGAUCUAUCCAAGGCAGACUAAAAGCUUGGUAAUUAAUAGUAGCUCCAAUCCCUUUCCCUCUUAAGCUUUCAUUUUAAUACCUACUUAGUUUUAAUUACCAACUUUUGAAUAAAGGAAAACUCUCCGCUAGAUUCAAAACCAUGGUCCCAUUAAAACCCACAAUAAACAUCUCCCCAGGACUUCCCAGAGGUUUUCCCACAGCACCAGGGAAGCAUAGGAUUUGCACUGGAGACUCCUACAGGAAAAAGAAGCAAAAGUCUUUGACAAAGCAGACCUGAAAGAUUUUAGUAAAACCAAAAAUUAAAUUCUAACAACCAAAAAGGUUACCACACACUUCAUGCUAUAUCGGGUAACCCAGUUUGUCCCAAAGAAGAGGGUUAGUGGUGGCUGGGAAAGACAGGGGGAAAGAGCGAUUGGAAGCAAAGGGCUUCUGCUUCUUACCGGUCCUGAUUAUUUUAUUGCUGCUGCCGCCUCCUUUGAUUUUUUUUUUUUUCAGUUGCAGGGAGGGGUUUUGCUUGCUUAGUUUAAAUUCUUUAACCUUCACCCUUCUUGUUUUUCCCGCUGCUCCCCUUCCCCCAUGGACGAAUUCUCGUUGCGUGGUCGGAGCAGGUCUCAUCCAAUUCAAUUAGCAUCGCUUACUGUUUAAUUCCCCACCCCUCAAAAAAAAAAAACCCCACAAACUGGGGGAUCUCUCUCCAUCUGCAUAGACGUGGAAUAAGGGAUCGCGAACUGCUCCCGAGGGGGGCUGUGAAUGGCCCGAACGCGUCAGCGCACCGGGGUUCUGAACACCCAUCUGGCAUGGCUUUAACAAACGGCGACGGCUCACACGAGCCGCUCCAGGAGGAGAGCCGGCAGAAUGGCCACGAGGAAGUGGACCAUGGGGACGAGGGGAAUGACCAGGAAGUGAUCGUCAUCCAGGAUACUGGCUUCACCGUCAAGAUCUGCGCUCCAGGGAUAGAGCCUUUUUCCCUGCAGGUCUCUCCCCAAGAGAUGGUGCAGGAGAUCCACCAAGUGCUGAUGGACAGAGAGGACACCUGCCAUCGAACCUGCUUCUCUCUGCAGUUGGAUGGGAAUGUCCUGGAUAACUUUGCGGAGCUGAAAACCAUUGAAGGGCUGCAGGAGGGGUCGGUGCUGAAAGUGGUGGAAGAGCCCUACACGGUACGGGAAGCCCGGAUACACGUGCGUCACAUUCGAGACCUUCUGAAAAGCCUUGACCCGUCAGAUGCUUUCAAUGGUGUGGACUGCAAUUCCCUCUCAUUCCUGAGCGUCUUCACAGAAGGAGACCUAGGAGACAGUGGAAAGCGGAAGAAGAAAGGCAUUGAGAUGGAACAAAUUGACUGCACCCCUCCUGAACAUAUCCUGCCGGGUGGCAAAGACAGACCCCUCUGUGCCCUCCAGCCCCAGAACCGAGACUGGAAGCCUUUGCAAUGCCUAAAAGUCUUGACCAUGAGUGGCUGGAAUCCCCCGCCUGGCAACCGGAAGAUGCACGGAGACCUCAUGUAUCUAUACGUCAUCACUGUGGAGGAUCGGCACGUUAGCAUCACUGCGUCCACCAGAGGAUAUUACCUGAAUCAGUCGACCGCUUACAAUUUCAACCCUAAACCUGCCAAUCCCAGUUUUCUCAGUCACUCCCUGGUGGAACUUCUUAACCAGAUCAGCCCGACCUUCAAAAAAAACUUCUCGGCCCUGCAGAAGAAACGGGUUCAGCGGCACCCCUUUGAAAGGAUAGCCACCCCCUUCCAGGUGUACAGCUGGACGGCACCCCAGGCUGAGCACGCCAUGGACUGUGUGAGGGCAGAAGAUGCUUAUACGUCAAGGCUGGGCUAUGAAGAGCACAUACCUGGACAGACCAGAGACUGGAACGAGGAGCUACAAACCACACGAGAGCUACCACGCAAAAAUCUGCCCGAGAGGCUGCUGAGAGAACGAGCCAUUUUCAAGGUCCACAGUGACUUCACGGCGGCGGCUACCCGAGGCGCCAUGGCCGUCAUCGACGGCAACGUCAUGGCCAUCAAUCCCAGCGAGGAGACCAAGAUGCAGAUGUUCAUCUGGAACAACAUUUUCUUCAGCCUGGGCUUCGAUGUCCGCGACCACUACAAAGACUUCGGUGGGGAUGUCGCCGCCUACGUGGCGCCCACCAACGACCUCAACGGGGUGCGGACCUAUAACGCAGUGGACGUUGAGGGGCUGUACACAUUGGGGACCGUGGUGGUGGAUUACAGGGGGUACAGGGUAACGGCACAGUCCAUUAUUCCAGGGAUUUUGGAGCGAGAGCAGGAGCAGAGCGUCAUCUACGGGUCAAUAGACUUUGGCAAGACCGUUGUGUCUCACCCCAAGUACCUGGAGCUGCUGGAGAAGACCAGCCGGCCCCUCAAGAUCCAGAAGCACAAGGUUCUGAACGACAAGAACGAGGAGGUGGAGCUGUGCUCGUCCGUAGAGUGCAAAGGCAUCAUCGGCAACGACGGGCGCCACUACAUCCUCGACUUGCUGCGCACCUUCCCCCCUGACCUGAACUUUUUGCCGAUCGACGGGGAGGAGAUGCCAGAGGAGUGUCAGAAAAUGGGGUUCCCCAAGCAGCACCGACACAAGCUCUGCUGUCUCCGGCAGGAGCUGGUGGACGCGUUUGUAGAGCACAGGUAUCUCUUAUUCAUGAAGCUGGCAGCUUUGCAGCUGAUGCAGCAGAAGGCCACCAAGCAGGAACACGCUGGCUUGCUGGAAAACGGGGCCCCCACCGAGAAUGGAACAGAGGGGAGCGAGAAAUCGGAAUCUGACGACGGUAAACCGGAGGAGAACGUGGCGGGAUUGGAUCAGGUGAAGGAGCUGGCGGAGACCAUCGCGUCCGAUGAUGGAGCAGUGGACCCCAAAAGCAGAGAGGUGAUUCAAAACGCCUGCAAAGCCGUGGGCUCCAUCAGCAGCACGUCGUUUGACAUCCGGUUUAACCCGGAUAUCUUCUCGCCAGGUGUCCGUUUCCCCGAGUCCAGCAGAGAGGAAGUGCAGGAUCAGAAGCAGUUACUAAAGGAUGCUGCUGCUUUCUUACUGUCAUGCCAAGUCCCCGGCCUGGUGAAAGACUGCCUGGACCACACGGUGCUCCCGAUGGACGGCGCCACGUUGGCCGAGGCCAUGCACCAGAGGGGCAUCAACAUGCGCUACCUAGGCAAAGUCGUCGACUUCAUCGCCAAGACCCCCGCCCGCCCACAGCUGGAUCACGUCUAUAAAAUUGGGAUCAGCGAAUUGAUCACUCGAUCAGCCAAACACAUCUUCAAGACAUACCUUCAGGGUGUGGAGCUGUCAGGCUUGUCGGCAGCCAUCAGUCAUUUCCUCAAUUGCUUCCUGAGCUCCUUCCUGAAUCCAGUUGCCCAUCUCCCGGCUGAUGAGCUGGCUUCCAAGAAGAAGAAUAAGAAAAGGAAAAACAGGAACCUUGGGAAUGCUGAUAACACGGCAUGGGCCAGCAUGACCCCUCACGAGCUUUGGAAGAAUAUUUGUUCCGAUGCAAAGAACUACUUUGAUUUUAAUCUGGAAUGUGAGAAUGUUGACCAAGCAGCUGAGAUGUAUAACCUUCAGAAAAUCACCCUUCUACGCGAGAUCUCCCUCAAAACUGGAAUCCAGAUCCUGUUGAAAGAAUACAACUUCGAUAACCGGCACAAACCCACCUUCACAGAAGAGGACAUUCUCAACAUCUUCCCCGUCGUGAAGCACGUCAACCCCAAAGCUUCGGACGCUUUCCACUUCUUUCAGAGCGGGCAAGCAAAGGUCCAGCAAGGUUUCGUGAAGGAGGGCUGUGAGCUCAUCAACGAAGCCUUAAACUUGUUUAACAAUGUGUACGGUGCUAUGCACGUGGAAAUCUGUGCCUGCCUUCGGCUGCUGGCUCGCCUCAACUAUAUCAUGGGAGACUACUCGGAGGCCUUAAGUAAUCAACAGAAAGCGGUGCUAAUGAGCGAGAGGGUCCUGGGUAUUGAGCAUCCCAACACAAUCCAGGAAUACAUGCACCUUGCUUUGUAUUGCUUUGCCAACAGCCAGCUCUCCACAGCAUUAAACUUACUGUACCGCGCACGCUACCUCAUGCUGUUGGUAUUUGGAGAUGAUCACCCGGAAAUGGCCCUCUUAGAUAACAACAUUGGUUUGGUGCUUCACGGAGUCAUGGAAUACGACCUGGCCCUCCGAUUCCUGGAGAACGCGCUGGUGAUCAACUCCAAGUACCACGGCUCCAAGUCUCUGAAGGUUGCACUGAGCCAUCACUUGGUAGCCCGAGUGUACGAGAGUAAAGCAGAAUUCCGGUCGGCACUGCAGCACGAAAAGGAAGGCUACACCAUCUACAAAAACCAGCUGGGAGAGCACCAUGAGAAGACCAAAGAAAGCUCCGAAUACUUGAAAUACCUGACUCAGCAAGCAGUGGCUCUCCAACGCACAAUGAACGAGAUCUACAAGAACGGCUCCAACGCAAACAUUAUGCCACUGAAGUUCGCCGCUCCCAAUAUGACCAGCGUGCUGGAGCAGCUCAACGUUAUCAAUGGGAUUCUCUUCAUUCCACUCAGCCAAAAGGACUUGGAGAACCUUAAAGCAGAGGUGCAGCGGCGCCAGCAGCUCCAGGAGGCUGUAAAAAGCAGUGAGCAGCUGGAAGUAGAAGACACAGUCUCGGAGGAGAGAGAGGCUGAGCCGAACCUGCCUGCUGCUGAGGUCUCAGCACCGAGCUCUGCUUAGUGUACCUCGCUUAAAAAAAAAAAAUUAAACCCUCCCCUCUUUCUGAAUCUGAACCAGGGUCUUGGACUCCCCUGGGGCAGCUUCUCCUUUGUUGACAAUGUUAUUGCACUGGUACAACGAAUACACAAUGCAAAGAACUAAGGUGAGAAAUAGGAUCUGACUGUGCGCGUCCUCCGCGCGGCGGGGGAAGGUGGCCGGGAUGCAGCCGUGUCCGCAAGCGCAGCCUAGGGGAGCCCAGCCGGCGGCUGUCGCGGCAGCGUGUGUGUUUGUGUGUGCGUGUGCACGCGUGGGGGUGGCAUCAGUCCAUUUUGACUUUGUAGAGCGAGAUGAAUUCCAAAUGAGUUGUCUGGAGGUAGAACAUUUCUCAGGUCAUUUUUAUGUUGACUAAGGACACUGUUUUGCAAAACCAACCCACCCUCCCAUUGCUCAGUUCUAGCACCAGCCCUGGAGAAAGCAGCCACGUUUGUCCAUCGAAAGGAUUGAAACCUGUGGGAAGCGAGGGGCAGCGUGCUGCUUUUUUCUACUGUAGGGCAUAGCCACUUGGGUCCAUUAGCUUGUCUCUUGUUGUCGUUCAGUUCAGAGUUUCCAGGGGAUUUUCAACCUUCACACUUCACGAUCUCAUGCCACCCACGUGCUCUCUGCGUGAGCAGCUUAGGAAACUGCAUCCAAAGAGUAAGGGUUUGAAAUAAAAUACGUAUUCAUCCAUUUACAAAUGGAAAUUCCCAGUGCCUAUAAUGGAUCAGUGUUGGCAUGAAAGGGGCCCGUACAAACAAUUCACAUAAUGGGGAAACCGUGCCUCUCUUGGGAUAGCUUGGGGCCGGGGAGGAGGGUGUGCUCUUCUGACAGCUGCUGCUUUAAUACAAAUUGUAUGAGCAUCAGAAGUGAAUCCUCCUGCAAGGUGAUCAGCAAACUUCAAGCAGUUUGAAUCAUGUGUCUUGACGCGGCGUUUUUCCCUCGGGGUGGCUGAAUGCUACGAAUCCCGGAGCACUUAGCGCUAUGGCUAAUGUCUUCACUUUUUUUGUUUGCAUGCUGGGUUGAGAUCGCUCCCAGCAGCGCUUCCAUUGCAGGCGAUGGAUGUUAGUGAAAUGGCAGAUGCCAACGAAUGAAUAUUGAUUGUUUUUUCUUCUUGCUUCCCCUGGCCCCUGUUAAAUGCAGCAUGCUUCCUGCUGGUGCAGUCGCAAGGCCAAUAGGUCCUGUCCACUGCAGGCUAUGGUAUGCCGACAGAGUUGAAUGUCCUUUUCCAAGUAAAUGAAGACAUAGAAUAAGCUAGGAUUGCUAGUCCAUGCUCUUGGUCAGCAGCAGUUCUCUGCUAAUUUGCAUUGCUUUUUUGAUGACCUUCUGGGAAAACAAGUGCUAUCACUGUGCUCUUUAUCCUUGGUUUCCUGUACUGCGUUACUGGGUAUUUGUAACCUGAUUGGGGGGGGGAGGUACAAAGCAGGAGGCAUCCUUGAUCCAAAAGAAGUUGCUCUCCCCUGGAAAAAUAUUCAAUAAAUGACAAGGCAUCUUUCACACAAGGGUUUCUGGUAUUGUCUUCCAGUUCUAGUCCAUUAAUUACAUCUUUUAAAUAAAAAUAUGCAAAGUA